ACCCGCCGCUCACCUGCAACGGCGCAGCGCGCAGAGGCACCGACAGGCGGACCGAGGCACAGGUACACACGGGAGAGGAGCCGGAAGAACAAGCAGGUCGAGUUGCGGGCACUACCUUCUCGCGCAGUCACUCCAUGUGUUUCGCAGAUCACAACGCCGCCCUUUGCUGUUUUUAAAACGCGAUUUAUUUAUGAGAGUGAAGCAGCGUUGGAGAAAACAUGAAGGAGCAAGGAAAGAAGUGGUUUCUGAUCGCGGUGGAUGUUCUUUGUGUCUUUGUUGCGUCUCUGCCUUCAGCCAUCCUGACCCUGACGUUCAGCCCGUACCAAAGAGAAAUCUAUUGCGAUGAUAAGAGCAUUAGCUAUCCCUACAUGAGAGACACCAUCUCCCAUGGAGCCAUGGCUGCCGUCACCAUCACCUGCUCCAUUGUCAUUAUCACCACGGGAGAAGCCUACCUUGUUCACACCAAGCGCCUGCACUCCAACUCCCGGUUCAACGAUUACCUGUCGGCUCUUUACAAGGUGGUAGGCACCUUCCUGUUCGGGGCCGCCGUCAGCCAAUCCAUGACCGACCUGGCCAAGUUCACCAUUGGUCGCCCUCGUCCAAAUUUCUUGCGGGUGUGCGCCCCGGUCACCUGUAACGGGUCCGUGGUGCAGGACAACUGCACCGGCCACCACCGCAACGUAACCGAAUCCAGGUUGUCGUUCUACUCCGGCCACUCGUCCUUCGGGAUGUACUGCAUGCUCUUUUUGUCGCUCUACGUCCAGGCCCGGAUGCAGGGGAAGUGGACACGACUGGUUCGACCAACCAUCCAGUUCUUCUUGGUGGCGUUUUCGUUUUACGUUGGGUACACGCGUGUGUCCGACUACAAGCAUCACUGGAGCGACGUGCUUGUGGGGCUGCUGCAGGGAGCUCUCAUCGCCGUACUCACCGUCCGAUAUGUGUCCGACUUCUUCAAGCAGCGCGCUCCGCCCUGCACGCACGCGCCCGCAGCGGAGACCGAGCAGCUCGAGGGCAAACCGAGGUCGCAGCCCCUCGACUCGCAGCACGGGAACCACUACAACUACCCUGGACCCGUGUGAGCCGCUCGGCGCAGCAGCUGCUCUUUGCUAACUGGGGCCUACACGCACUCCGACAGCAGGAGGAGCGGUGACUCACACAGAAAGAACCCACAGUGCAGUAACCACCCGCUUCACUCGGCAAAUGACUUGCAAAACUAUUUUACAGCUAUAAAAACGGAGAUUCUCCAAACCUGUUGGAACAGAAUUCCCUCUGUGUUUUAGUUGAGUCCGUGUGUGUGUGUGUGUGUGGGUGUGUGAUUGUUUCUGUUUACACAUGAAACAAGUUGUUUAAAGUGUGAAAUGAUUUACACAUUUUGUGCUGCUUUUAUGAAACGUUAGUCGUUGCUUUUUCUCUGCAAAUGUUUAUAUUUAAGUGUCUUUAGACGAUAUGCAUGUGUAAUAAUGGACUGCUUUAACACUAUACAUAACUUCUGUAUCUAAUAAAAAGUGUUGCUUUUUAAGAACAUAUAACCAAUACUUUACUAUGACGUUACAGUGAAACUUUUUGAGCUGUUUUUUUCCGCUUAUAUACACAAAUAAAAAAGGCCAAAUGGAGCCAUUAGUUCAAUAUA